GUCACGUGAUGAACAUGGCGGUGGUUGGUGGCUACGAGUCAACGUCUGACGAAGAAGCCGAACGUCAGUCCGAAAAAUCGACGUCUAAACUAACGGAAGAAGACAAGCAGAGCAAUAAGUCAAAGGUUUCCGAACGGUCGAGGUCUCCUUACCGUCACAGAAAGGAUAAAGAUAAAAAUGGUGAGAAGAGACACAGAAGGAAGGCUCGAGAUCGUUCUCGUUCAAGGUCAAAGGAGAGGCGCUCGAGAAGUCGGUCUAGGUCGCCAGAGCACCGCAGACAUCGGCAGCGUUCACGCUCACCAUCCCAUCGCCAUUCUAGACAUCAGGCAUCACCUACAAGACACAGAGAGUCUAGACAUUCACCUCCUCAAAGGUCAAGGUCGCCAGAGAGACGGAGAGGGAGAGGACGGUGUGUUGGAGCUGGACGAAAUGUCUUCUCUAAUGAACCGUAUUUUGAUAAAUCAAGCGAGAGGCGUGGCAGAAGGAUGAAUCAUGGUCAGUCGGCUCCUAGAUCAAUGGGUGAUAUCAACAAAACUGCUUCGGAAUCAAUACAGCAAGCAAUUCAAGAGGCAGCCUCUGCGCUGCCAUCUUACAUGAAACCUGGAGCUGUCAAUCCUUUACAGUUUAAGAUGCAGCAAGAGAAGAGGAAGCUUCUGUGGGGCAACAAGAAAAAGGAGGAGGGAACGACAGCGACUAAACAGUGGGCACAAGCAGUUUUCUCUGGUGAUGAUGCGGCAAAGUAUCGAAGAAUGAUGGGUUUGUCAGAUCAAGGAGCGGCCGAUGCCAAUGAAAAUUUAAAAGCCAAGCAGCAAGAAGCAACUAAAAAAUUAAUGGAAGAUUUGGACAAACAAUAUGAAGUAUCACGUCUUAUCACACAUACAGAUCAGUUCAAAAAGACUGGAUUUGGAUUUACUUCAAAUGUAGCAGCGGCAGCAGCAGCAACAGCAGCAGCACCUGUGAGUGGAGACGUUAGUGGUGAACAAUGUAGUCAGAGUAGUGAGAAGACAACAUGAUGAUUGACCUGCCUCUAGUUUAAUGUUGUAUGUAGGAUCUCAUCUCCUUUGCUAGACCAUGAUUUAGUGUAAAAUGUUAGUGAUACACAACCAGGGGUAUCAUCUACUUAUAACUUUAGAAUAAGUGUGAGAUGUGAUGCUCCUAGACUAAAUUUAGGUUCAUGCUUUUUAGCCCUAGGAAUACUCACUUUAAUUCUGGGAAAGAUAGUGUGGCUGUUUUGUAUGGAUAUCCAAUAAUCAGUCAACCAUGGUCAGAUUUCAUUUAUUCCAUGUGGAAGAGAAGCUAGGAGACUGAAGAAGCAGUCACUAUGCAUCUGCUACGUACAUGUGUGACAACUGUGCAGUCUUACAAGAGCUAAUGGCAGCAGACAAAGCAAUGCCGGAUGAUGUCAGUGAACACUGUACAUGGAUGGCAUCUAUUAAUUUUGCAUACCGACACUGACACUGCUUGAUACAAGUGUAGGGUUGAUAAUUAACAUUAAAAUUU